GCUCCGUUUAUUGAUCUGCGACUGCGAGAUCCAUCUUCUUCUUCUUCUCCUUCUUCUUCUUCUUCUUCUUCUUCCAACAAAUGUUCCUAUGAUCUCUGUGUAUGAGCAGAAUCUGUAAUCAGAUCCAUUGUAGAGAGAGAUAGCCAUUUCAAUUCGAGGUAGCCAAAGAUGUAUAUGGCUUACGGGUGGCCGCAGGUGAUCCCGCUUCUACCUGGAUCGUGUCCGUCUUUGCAGCGAGUCGUGUACCUUAAGCUCUCCGGCCAGCUAUUGCUGGUCGUUUCUCCGUCUCACCUGGAGCUUUGGGGUUCUUCUCAGCAACGAGUGAGGUUGGGAAAGUAUAUGAGAGAUGACAAGUCGUUGCGAGAAGGAGAGAAUUUGCAAGCUGUGCACUUUGCACUCGUUCCAAGUUAUUGUUUGUGUUAAAUUCGGAUGGGCAGCUAGUAGUAUGCUCUGUGAAUAAGAAAGGUUUAAAGUACACUGAGAGUAUUAGAGCUGAGAAGAAGUUGGGUGGUGAUGCUGUUUGUGCAUCAGUGGCUUCAGAGCAACAAAUUCUUGCUGUGGGUACUGUGAGAGUCGAAACUCGCACAAUAGAAUUUAUUUUAAGGGUUUCUUCAAAGAACGGAUCUUUGUGAGAUUCUCAAAGAACAACAGAAUUCUCUAUUACCGCGGACGGUGUUCUUGAUUGUAUUAAUGAGAAAGCAAUAAUUUUAUCGUACAAGUGUGUUAGAAUAUGAGAAAUAGGUGUUUUCGCC